GUGGCGAUUGUUCCUAUUGAUCUAUUCUAAAGGCCAGUUACGAAACCUCAACCUAAUUCCCUUUCAUAGGGCUAAGUGGAAGGCCUUGUCGAAAGUUUAUCCGAGAUUUACGAUCUACUGGAGCGCGGCGGAGCCAGACUCGAGCUGGCCGGCAGUCUGCGCGCCGCGCUCGCGCCACCACCAUGCGAGACGAGGAGUCCCCGAAGCCGCCCUCCCCCGCGCUCGCGCCCUCCGCGCCCGUGCCCGUCGGGCCCUCGCGCCUCCGCCGCACGCUACACACGCUGCGCUCACCGUUCCGCUCCGGCUCGCCCUUCCACAUCGGAUCUAUCAAACGCUCCGGCUCCACUAAGUCCUCCGCCUCAGACGGCGAGAUCGUUCGAGACGAGCGCACGAUGCGCAAGAAAAACAAGAAGCUGCGCGCGGACGCGGCGAGCGACGCGUCGGGCGCCUCGCGGAGCACGGACGGGUCGCCGCGCGAGGAAAAAAAGAAAAAGGAGGGCGGCCUGUUAAAGCGAAUGGGGAGUAUUGGGAGGAAGCGCGAAGGAGCGGGAUCCUCUCCCGUCCCGACCCCGCCUCCCGAACCGGUCGAGAGCGUUCCGGAGCCCGCCCCGGAGCCGCCGCUCGCCGAACCGGAACCGAGCACGCCCAUAACGCCGGAGCCGCCGAUCAGUCCCAUAGCCGUGGAGCACGCGGUCGCAACGCGCCCCUUCACGAAGGCGGGGUGGAAGCGCAGCAAGAGCGUGAUCGAGAUGGAAAAGCCCGUCGAGCCGCGGGCCCCGAGUCCCGGGAGCGCGUUGCGGCGGCGCAUCGCGUUCGUGGCGCAGGCUUCCGCGUGUUUCUCGGAGGACCACGACGACGGGGAGGGCGGGGGCGAGCCGGGAGUGGGGUCGCUGGAGGAGGCGGUGGCGCUCGCGCGCGUACGGCUGGCGUCGGCGCCCGCGCACUCGCCGACGCCGCCGCAUUCGCGCGACAACAACGAUACCGAAGAGGAGGGGUACGCGGACACGAUGCCGCCCUACGGAGACCUGCUCGACGAAGAAAAACCGGAGCCGCCGGUGAGUGUUGAUGGGGCGCGCGUUGUGGGACGCGUCAGUGGGCGCGGGAGAGCCGAGCGAUGCGCGCGCGCCAUGACCUUCGAGGAGGCGGCUGACGAGUGCUACCUGAGCGUGUGCGAGUGCUGCGGCUUCAGCGCGGAGACGACCGUCCUCUACCCAUCCCACGCCUCACCCAGCGCGGAGCGACGCGAGCACCUAUACAAGAUCCUGGUCAUCGGCGAGCUAGGCACAGGGAAGACAUCCAUCAUCAAACGAUACGUCCACCAGUUCUUCAGUCAACACUACCGUGCUACUAUCGGAGUGGACUUUGCGUUAAAAGUUCUGAAUUGGGACGCAAAUACAGUCAUAAGGCUACAGCUAUGGGAUAUUGCAGGACAAGAACGUUUUGGCAACAUGACGAGGGUGUACUACAAGGAGGCGGUCGGCGCGUUCAUAGUGUUCGACGUGUCCCGGGUGGCGACCUUCGACGCGGUGGUCAAGUGGAAGAACGACCUGGACACCAAGGUGCAGCUGCCCGACGGGUCGCCGAUACCUUGUAUACUGCUGGCGAAUAAGUGCGACCAGCAGAAAGAAGGCAUCGUGAACUCUCCUGCAAAGAUGGACGAGUACUGUCGCGAACGCGGCUUCGCUGGUUGGUUCGAGACAUCGGCUAAGGAGAACAUUAACAUCGAGGAGGCGGCGAGGUCGCUAGUCAACAAGAUCCUCCUCAACGACAAACUCCUCCAAAGCGACGCCAAGGACGGCGAGAAGUUCGCGCUUGACCAUAAAAUCGCUAACGGCGAGAACAGCCGCGACGGCGGCAAGUCUUGCGCGUGCUGACCGGCCGGCCAUCCUGUUUACGACGGCCAUUUUGUUUUCGUCGGCCAUUUUGAUUUCGUGU